AUGGAUGGAGCAAAACCGAGGCCUACUCCAACAUCAAUUCAGCCUCUUGUUCCAACAGCUGGGUCACCAUUUGAAGAUGUCACACUAUAUAGGAGCACUGUUGGCGCACUACAGUAUUUGACAUUGACAAGACCGAAUGUAGCCUUUGAAGUAAACAAGGUCUGUCAGUUCAUGCAUAGUUCAACUACUGAUCAUUGGGCUGCAGUGAAGCGUAUACUUCGCUACCUAAAGGAGAUAAUUGGUCUUGGAAUUCAAAUUCAGCCUUCAACCACACUCAAGUUGGUUGGAUUCAGUGAUGCUGAUUGGGCAGGAAGUCCUCAUGAUCAUUGA